CUACAAUGCCGUGAUUACAAACCAAAACAAAGAAGACACAAUGGCGAAAGCAUGCACAGAUAACUUUGUCUGGAUGGACGACGAGGUGGAGUUGCUACAGUAACAGAUCUACACUUCACUUCAAACCAACAGGGUCUCGGUGCUUGUUUGCGGCAGAAACUCUCCCCUUCUGGCUCGUCCCUGCAUCUGUGUCCGCCGCUGACCGUCUGGACAAGGAGGACGACCCCUUAACAGCCUGAAGCCCGUCGUCACCAACUCUUAAUUCAAUCCCAAAAGUCCGUUGCAGGAGGGUAGUAGAUACUACAGGUCAUAUCCCACUCUGAAUGACAGAGUUCACGCUCUGGUUUGUGUCAUUCCUGCUGACCAACUAUCUAUAAUGAGUGAUGAAGUGGUGAAGAAGAUGAGAGAAGUGCGACUGGCAGCCAAUGAACUGGAUAUUCCCCAACUGGCUAUUCUCACCAAAGUUGAUUUAGCCUGUCCUGAGGUGAAACAAAAUCUAAACAAUGCCUAUAAGAGCAUCUACCUGAAGGAACAGGUUGACAAACUAACCACAUUGCUGGGCAUUCCACAAGAUUGCAUCUUUCUUGUGAAGAACUAUGGAACAAAUCCCAACAUCAAUGAUGACAUGAAUGCACUGAUAAUGAACGCACUGAGACAGAUGAUUACCUUUGGAGACGAAUUCCUCAGCGACCUGUAGACCAACAUACUACUGACACAAACCUUGAUCAAAGCAUGACAAAAAAAUAAACCUUGAAUUAUGCAGUC